AUGAAUCACCCUCAUGGGAUCUCUUCAAAGCUGGUGGCUAUAAGGGGGCAGGACCUGCAUGCUCUGGCCAGCCUCAGGGCUAAGAGAGGUCUCAGUCCUGAUGCCAAGGCCCUCAACACCAAGCACAAGUGGGAGGCCAACAGGACCAUCGGCAAAUGGAAAAAAGCCUAUCUGGAGGACGACGCACUCGACGCACUCGGGAGAUACCUGCGGUUCGGGAGGCCCAGCCUCAUCUGGGCAGAUCCUCACUUGGUGCAGGUGACCCGUCACCCCAGCCCUGAUGGGGACGAUGUCACCCUGAGGUGCUGGGCCCUUGACUUCUACCCGGCGGACAUCAAGUUUAAGUGGGAGCGGGAAGGAGAAGACAUAAGCCAGGAAAUGGAGUACAUGCACACGCGGCCCAGUGGAGACAGCAACUUCCAAAAAUGGGCAUCGCUCAGAGUGCCUCAGGGAAAGGAGCAGAAAUAUGUCUGCAUCAUGGACCACGAUGGUCUGGACAAGCUCCUCGCUGUGCGCUGGGAUCCAUCUACCUCACUAUCCCCAUCCCAAUUCAGCAUGCUCAUUGAAGGGGCUGAGGCCACUAUCCUCAUCACCGGAGUCAUCAUCAUGGUUGGAGUUGUCAUGUGGAGGAAGGAGAAAUUAACUGGAAAAGGAUGGAACCACAGUCCUGCAAGCUCAGACUCCACCCUUCCCAUGAUAGACCCAGACCUUGGGAGCCUCCCACAUGGGACAGAGGGGUCCGGCUGCCCCACCCUUCCUGCUGAUCACAUUCCCACCCUAUCCCACACCCAACCUAAAGGCCUGGACACCCCAGAAGAUGAUUAUUCCUCAGCCCGGCCUCCUGCAGCACUGGACACUUGA